AGAAACAAACCGAGUCAUGUGAUAGAAAAUCGUCACGUGGUUCCGAUAACCAGGAAGAGACACUACAGAAAAUACACAGUGUUCUUUACAGUGUUUGAGAAAAUGAGUGUUACCUUGGAUUUAAGGCUUAAGCGUGCGAACAAAGUGUAUCAUGAAGGGGAGGUCCUGGCUGGAGUGGUGGUGAUCACCAGUAAGGAAGCUGUGCAACACCAGGGAAUCACCCUCACCAUGGAGGGUCUUGUUAACCUGCAGCUCAGCUCCAAGAGUGUUGGCGUCUUCGAGGCUUUUUACAACUCGGUCAAGCCCAUUCAGCUGAUCAGCAGUAGCAUUGAAGUGGCCAAACCAGGCAAGGUGCCAGGAGGCAAAACUGAAAUUCCCUUUGAGUUUCCGCUGCAAGCAAAAGGAAAUAAAGUGCUGUACGAGACCUACCAUGGUGUUUUCGUCAACAUUCAGUACACUCUCCGCUGUGAUAUGAAGCGCCCUCUGCUGGCAAAAGACCUGAGCAAGACCUGCGAAUUCAUGGUCCAUUGUCAGCCACAGAAAUCCAAAGUGCAGCUGACUCCAGUUGAUUUCACCAUCACACCAGAGACGUUGCAGAAUGUGAGAGAGAAGAGUUCUCUCCCAAAGUUCCUGAUCAGAGGCCGCCUCGAUGCCACUAACUGUGUGAUCACACAGCCGCUCACAGGGGAGCUGGUGGUGGAGAGUUCAGAGGUCGCCAUCAAAAGCAUCGAGCUGCAGCUAGUCCGGGUUGAGACGUGCGGUUGUGCUGAAGGCUAUGCCAGAGAUGCGACAGAGAUUCAGAACAUCCAGAUAGCAGAGGGAGAUGUGUGUCAUGGCCUCCCCAUCCCUAUAUACAUGGUCUUCCCCAGGCUUUUCACAUGUCCUACACUCGAAACCACAAACUUUAAAGUUGAGUUUGAGGUGAACGUGGUGAUUGUUUUUCACGAUGAUCAUUUAAUAACUGAGAACUUCCCGUUGAAGCUGUGCCGAGUAUGAGAUCAGAGCCUGCAGAUUCAUUGAUGUUUUCUGGAAGACUCUGGGAGUGGCCUUACAACUGUUUAACUGCCAGUCAGCAAUGAGCAGGAUGGCUUUUGUUACAGCUAAAGACAUAAUUGACAUAAUUAUUACAUACAUGCCAUUUUCGGCACUUACUGUGUCAGUUUUUUGAGUUCUUGGAAUCAUUGUCGGAAAGCUAGCCCAUUUGUUCCCUCUUUUUAUUUUCUGGUUUUUGUAUGACUGGGUUUUUUAUGUGAUCAAAUCAGUUCAUUUCAAACAUGCUAGUAUCAUAUGGCAAAGAGCAGAACUGCCUGUAAAUUUCCCUUAUAAUUAUAGCAUUUAAUAUAAAAGUUGUGUACAUUACUUUGCGCUUAGAUAUUCAUUUACUUUCUUCCUGACAAGGAAAAAAAGUGUGUGUGACCUUUGUGUCCCUUGUAUAAAACAUAAAGUACAAGAAUAAAUUAGUACUAAUGUUAUUUGCAUAAAAUAAAUCUGGUAUACAUCA